CAAAACAAAAUUAGUGAUGAAAACUUCGUGUGAAAAAAACAGGAAUGUUGUGUUGGUAUUUGGCUUUGUGGUGGCGUUGUGUGUCACUCUUUACUUGCAUUGGCCGCCCAACUCUGAAGCGGGAGACUUCUUCAGUCUGAAGAGGGAUAUGGGCUCCCCUGGGAAUAGCAAGAGCCUUGAAGAGUCCCCCUUGCAAAGCAUCAAGCAAGAAACACUUCCAAGGUCAACCGUCAAGGAAGUGGGGCCCCUUCCACUAAACAUGGACCAAGAGGACCCAGCGCUAGCGGCUUACAUUCGUUCCCUGAUAGCGCCCCCCUCUAAGCUGCCCUACAACCUCACCAAUCCAAAGAAGGAACACUUUUCUCAGUUGUCACAGACCCAGUUCCUCAUGCAGAGAAUCUUUCCUAACAUGAAAGGUGGCUUUUUUCUGGAGGUGGGAGCGGCGGACGGGGAACUGUACAGCAACACGCUCUACCUGGAGAGACGGAUGGGAUGGCGAGGCCUUCUGAUUGAGGCAUUUCCGGACACUUACCAACAGCUACUGCACAAGCACAGGAAGGCCUACUCCAUCCAGAGCGCAUUGUCCCUUACCAACAAGUCCACUGAGGUUAAAUUCCGGUGA